UCAGCACAUUAUCGUAUUCUGGUGCUGGGUGGUGGUAAUGGCGGGUGUGCAGCAUCGCACCGUUUCCGUAAACUUGCUCCGAACGGUCGAUUAGCUGUGGUUGAACCUGCAGAUCAACAUUAUUACCAACCUGGCUUCACGUUGAUCGGUGGUGGACUGAAAAAACUGAGUGAUUGUGUGAAGCCAAUGGCGAGUGUUUUGCAUAAGGAAAAUGUUUGGAUAAAGAAGCGUGUAGCCGAGCUACAACCGAAAAACAAUGCUGUAAUACUAGAAAUGGUUCAAUUUACUGAUUGUGAGGAUCUGAAUGAUUACAGUGAUGGUUCAGAAAUCAAAUACGACUUACUUAUUGUUGCAUUAGGGUUGGAGACUCGAUUUGAUAUGGUAGAAGGCUUAACAGAAGCGUUGAAGCUACCACGAAUAUGCAGUAUUUAUGAACCAAACCUUGCUGUAAAAACUUUCAACGAAUUGCAAGCCUUCGAAAAGGGUAAUGCUGUUUUUACAAUGCCCAAUACGCCAGUUAAGUGCUCAGGUGCCGGUCAGAAGAUUUGUUAUUUAGCUGAUGAAAUCUUUAAGAAGCGUGGUGUUCGCGAUGACAUAAAUCUUUUCUACAACACAUAUUUGCCAGAUGUGUUCGAUGUACCAAAAUAUGCGAAACCACUGAAUGAAAUUAUUAAACAAAAACGAAUUGACCUACAUUUAAGACGUAGUCUAAAGAAAGUCAAUGUAAUUAAGAAAGAAGCUGUUUUUGAUUUACUCGAUGAUAAAGCCAAACCAACUGGUGCAACGGCUGUUCAAAAAUAUGAUUUUUUGCACGUUGUACCACCAUGUUCUCCGGUGAAACCGAUUCGAGAAUGUGCACAAAUUUUAAACGAAAAUGGUUGGCUGGCAGCUGAUGCGGCAACUUUACAAUCGACGAAAUUUGCGAAUAUUUUCGGUAUUGGUGAUUGUUUGGGCACACCGAAUAAGAAAACUGCGGCUGCUGCUUUUUCCCAAUUAAGAGCUUUGGACACGAACAUUCCAGCAUUUCUGAAUGGAAAACCACUGACAGGCCGUUAUAACUGUUACUCAUCAUGCCCACUAAUUGUUUCCUUCAAUCGUGUCGUUCUGGCUGAAUUCACCCCCGACCAUCCAUUAGAAACGCUGCCGUAUGAUCAAGGAAGACCGCUUUAUACGGCUUAUCUCCUCAAACGAUACAUUUUACCGUUUAUGUAUUGGACAGUUGGACUUAACGGCCACUGGUUAGGACCAGCAGCGAUGCGGAAGAUACUUCAUUUUGGAAGAGGUGAAUGA